AUGGAGAAGCGUCAGCAGCGCAUGCACUCGCGAAAGCGUCACCGAACGGCGAAAAGAGAGGGCUUUCCUUUCCGCGCGGACACGAACACACAAAAAACUGCGCCAGCCCUGCCGAAGGAGCGGCUCGUCGCUGUGCAGCGAACGUUCUCACGGCAAGCUCGCGGGGAACAAGGUCUCGCGUCGAAAGACCUCCCGGACGCGAGUAUCAAAUUGCCUUUCCCUCAAGUUCGAACGAGGCGCCAUCGCCGAGUGGGCAGGCUAAAAAAUCUUUAA